AUGAUAUCCGUUCCCUUUGAAUUUCCACCUAUGGAUACUCUGGAAGGCGUUGAAAAUGGAAUUGAGGCAUUGGCAAAGGACACGGGGCCUUCCGAAUUCCAAAGAAAAAUAAAAAAACAAAAUAUCUCCCCUCCAUGCCGGCGCUGCGUUCUGGAGAUCUUCCGUGGUCGUGGGCAGGGGAAAUACAUGAUUCGGAAAGGGAUUCGCAUGGCAGAGGAUGUCAAGCACAUCAAAUGGGUCCUCUUCAAUUCUUUCUUAGAGAUUGAAGCUCCAGUAGACGAAACGUUGUCCAAAGAUGUGGGCGUUUAUCCAAUAGGUCCUCUAAUUCCUCCUGAGUUUUUCCAUAGCAGGACGGUCACGAAGGUCCUUCCAAGCUUCUGGAAAAAUGACACAGAAUGCUUACAGUGGUUAGAUAAACAGUGUGCUCACUCUGUGAUCUACAUAUCUUUUCGAAGUUUGGUAGUUCUGAGUGAAAAGCAAUUGGAAGAACUUGCUCUGGGAGUGGAGGCCACACAGAGACCGUUUCUAUGGAUUGUACGUUCUGAUCUAGUGAAAGCAAGCAAAGCUAUUUUACCUGCUGGUUUCUUGGAGCGAGAAAGCAUCACCAUGGGCGUGUCCAUGCUUUGUUGGCCUUACCAUGCAGACCAGUUUGUUAACCGCACGUAUGUUGUGGAUGUGUGGAAAUUGUGUCUGCCAUUGCAUGCGAAUAGCCAAAGAAUUAUAGAGCAGGGGGAGUUUGUGAAAGGUGUAGAGAUUUUACUGGAAUCAGAACAAGGCGUGGAGAUCAGAGAGGAAGUGAGAAAAUUGAAGAUAAUUGCUCGGGAUGCAAUCAAGGACGGGGGCUCCUCAUGGAAUAACUUUAAUCUAUUUGUCACAGCCAUGAAGCGACAACAAAAUGAAUGA